ACUACCUUUCCCAGAAGUCAAUGCGAUGAAAGACCAGCGGGCAGCUAAUUAAGCGCUGCAGCUUCAGAUGGACUGCAUGAGGUUAACAAUGACACCAGACCCGGCUGCUGGAUAGCUUUCUGUUGAAAUAUGUCACAGUGUGGAGCAAAGGUCAACAUUUUCUCUUACAUGCUAACAGCAGCAUGUAGCAUUUCAACUGUCAUGGUCCCGUUACAUGGUUCAUUCUCACCAGUUUGAUUGAAGUUUUUUGUUUGUUUGCUCCAGUCGGUAGCUUUCUACUUCAAAACAAAUCCUCACAUGGUGAUUUGAGACAGCAAAAACAAACAAACAAAAAGUUAAGUGCUGCAUCACAGAGUGGUCCUGCAAACCAGCUGACACAAUGGUGGUAGAUGACACAGCAGGAAGUGGGGACGGAUCAGAGGGGGAGAAAGAGAUGGACCUAAAGGGGCCUGUGUCUGAAUAUGGCGGGGGACAUGAAGACGGAGGCGCAGGCAUGGCUGUCUCCGCUUCUGAGGCCCCGUUUCCAUCAGAAGGUCCCCCGGGGGAAGCUGUGGAGGCCAGAAAGUGGAAGUGGGCCGUGAUGAUCUUGUGUCUCUAUGGGUUUAUGGCAUCGAUAAAGCCCGGGGAGCCCUUCAUUACACCAUAUCUACUCAGCCCUGAGAAGAACUUCACCAGGGAACAGGUGACCAAUGAGAUCACACCUGUGAUGACGUACUCCUACAUGGUCGUGCUGGUGCCAGCCUUCCUGCUGACAGAUCUCAUGCGCUACAAGCCGGUCCUGAUCAUCCAGGGCAUCAGCCAGGUGGUCAUCUGGGUCAUUCUGCUCCUGGGCAACACCCUCCUCGCGAUGCAGUCCAUGGAGUUUUGCUACGGCAUCACCAUGGCUUGCCGCGUGGCCUACUCCUCGUACAUCUUCUCCCUGGUCAGUCCAGUCCUCUACCAGCGUGUGGCCGGAUACUCACGCUCCUCUGUCCUGUUGGGGGUGUUCACAAGCUCAGUGCUGGGCCAGCUGUGCAUGUCCUUGGGCAACAUCAGCUUCUACACUCUCAACAUUAUAUCUUUGGGUUUUGUCAGCUUCGGUCUGCUGCUAUCACUGUGUCUGCCCUGGCCUAAACGCUCCCUGUUUUUCAACCGGAUGCGGGACCAGGAGCAAAGGGAAAUGGCAGCGGCAGCCACCAAAUCAGAACUUGACCAAAUGAACCCAAAAGAGAGCGGUUUGUCCUCGGCAGCCCCCCCGUGCUCUGCGUCACGCUGGAGAGAUUUUGCCUUGGUGCAGAUGCUGCUUGAGGUGAGAAAUGUGGUGAAGAUGCCUAACCUGAGACUCUGGUCCCUGUGGUGGAUAUUCAACUCCACAGGGUACUACCUGGUGCUGUUCUACGUUCACAUCCUGUGGAACAAAGUCUACCAGGCUACCGAGAACAAGAACGUUUACAACGGGGGAGUGGAGGCAGCUGCUACCCUGCUGAGUGCAAUAAUAUCCUUCGCAGCAGGCUUUGUGAAAAUCCGGUGGAACCUCUGGUCUGAGCUGGUCAUCGGGGUCAUCACAGCAUUGCAGGCAGGUCUGCUGCUCCUCAUGGGCAGCACAGACAACAUUUGGGUCUGCUACGUCGCCUACAUCCUCUUCCGAGGUUUCUACCAGUUUCUGGUGCCUAUCGCCACUUUCCAGAUAGCCUCCUCACUCACCAAGGAGCUCUGCGCCUUAGUGUUUGGCAUCAACACCUUCUUGGGGACCAUUCUGACGACCAUCAUCAGCCUGAUAUUUUCUGACAAGAGAGGCCUGGGGUUGGACGUGCACUCUCAGUUCCUGGUGUACUUCAUUUACCUCACCAUUCUUACUGUUGUCUACUUCGUCUGCGCUGCUGUGGUCAUCAUCCGUCACUAUAGGAACCAGGCCAGGGGAGAAGGCGGGACUGAACAGACACCGCCCACAGAGCUCAGUCCUGUGGCUGCAAAUUCAGAGGCAGAGCCUUUGUCUAACGGCAAAAGUGCCCAAGACCAACCUUAAACUGUUUUCCAACAACCUCUUAUCUAGAUCCUAGUUAUUUUGCAAAUCAGCUCUUUAGACUUCGUGGGAUCACUCAUUUUAACCCUCUGAUGUUGACAGAGCGGUUUGUUCAGUGUUAGCUGCUGAGUCUUAAUCAUAGAAGUGCCUCAUCUGCUACCUAAAGCUCCUGCACUGCACCAGCCAGACAGGCUGCAGGUGUCUCGUGUCUGACGUCUCAGGAGGGUUUCGUAUUUGUUUGUUGAUAAUCAGAUGUGAUUUGCUGUAAAGGUUUUUUUUUAUUUAAUAGUAGCACUAAGUGGUACUAUGAUUUCAUAUUGGGCAAAUUAUCUUUAACAGAGAGGGGCCAUUCAUGUAAUGGCCAGAAUUGAGCUUUUUUUGUGUGUGUUUUGUACAGAGGAAACAAACUAGGAGAAUUUGCACUUCUGCAAUGUGCUAAACUGUCCUGUUUCAGUGACAGUGAUUUGCCCUCCAAACAAAGGCUCAUGAUUACUAUGUGAUCACUAAAUAUUACUUUUUAAAACAGUUGGUGUUUUCACAUUUAAUUUUUUUAUCACUGACACUCUUAUUGUACCUAAUGUUACAGGUCUUUGAUUACAUGUUAAUUGACCAUAUCAGUAUAAUUAACAGUAAAAUCUUCUUCCUGUUUGUGCUGAUAAUGACAUUCUUCUUUUAAAACCAGAUUAGGAAGGAUAUCUUCUUCUCCAGCCUCUGUAACAAUAAACUGCAGAUUUUAUGCAGUGUUAUAUAAUGUGAUUACAUUUUAAUGAGUUUAUUGUUGCUGGCAGGUAGAAGCAGCAGCAUCAGUAUAUUUUGAAAUUAUUGCAUUUGAUACGUUGAAACAGGCUACAGAAUAUGCUGCUUAGCAAAAAUCGUGUGAAAGUAUUUGACAUUUGUACACAGAUAUUUGCUGCUUUUUUGACAAUUAGUGUAAAUGCACAUUACUGAAUUUGGUUAUUUAAAAAUGUGAUAUUUCUAUUAAGUGUUAAUUUUCAGCAGCAUGUUGGGGGAAGGUGUCUAGCAGGGUGGAAAACAAAUCUCUAGUCAGUCAAUGUCUUACUGCCAAUCCUGCCUGUGAGUUUGUCUGACGGCCAUUUUGGCAAACAACCAACCACCAAAAAGGGCUGCAAUUCCUAAAAACCUGUCUUUGUCUUUAUUUUCCGCCCUAGAAUGGCUGUUUUUACUUUGAUUAAAAGAUUAAAAUAGGGACACAGUGUUACAUGUUGCAUCAGGAACUACAGUGCAAACAUCCUAGUAGAUUUUAAAAAUGUCCACUUGUUCACACAGCAGGUGUGGCCCUUUAUUAUAAUAGACACAACACUAGGAACUGAGUUUUGAGUUGGAUUGUACUUAAAUCGAGAAUGUAUGGAUAAAAAAAAUAAUUGAAAUAACUGCUGAGAAAUGACGUAACUGUGAACCUGUCUGAAUGCUGUAAUAAAACGCUGAAUUUAA